CUACAUGUUGGCAAAGAAGUUUCCAUGACAAUACCCUACCGGUUCCCUCUAAAUGAUAAAAAAGAAGCCAAGUGUCGACUGUCGAGGAAGGAAAAACAGGCGAAGUCCCUUCCUAGUCCUAACAGAUCUCACACGGCGAUUUUGGCUUCGUUUCCCAAUCGACUCCACCACCUUCUACAAACCUCACCGAUCGACUCCGACCUUCUUCUUUGAUUAAGAUAAAAAGGGAUAAGAAAUAUGAACCACAACCAGCAAUCAAACGAUGAUGAAACUGCACUCACAGAUUUUCUUGCCUCUUUAACAGACUACACCCCAACUAUUCCUGAUGAACUGGUGGAACAUUACUUAGCCAAAAGUGGGUUUCAAUGUCCCGAUGCUCGAUUAAUCAGGUUGGUUGCUGUUGCCACUCAGAAGUUUGUUUCAGAGAUUGCUACUGAAGCUCUUCAGCAAUGCAAGGCAAGACCAGCACUGAUUGUCAGGGACAAAAAAGAUAAGCAGCAAAAGGAUAAGCAUCUAAUUAUGAACAUGGAUGACCUGUCCAAGGCUCUUCAAGAGUAUGGUAUAAAUGCAAAGCAUCAGGAGUAUUUUGCAGAUAGCUCUUCAGCUGGAAUGGAAUCAGCUCAAAGAGAUGAAUGA